AUGUCAUCAAAAGCAGCCGUCCCGUUCUCCAGAGACUCCUUGGAGCAAGUGCUCAAAAGACGCUUCUUUUUCGCCCCAGCGUUCGAAAUCUACGGCGGUGUUUCUGGUUUAUAUGACUACGGUCCUCCAGGAUGUGCUUUCCAGGCCAACAUCGUCGACACGUGGAGAAAACACUUUAUUUUGGAAGAGGACAUGUUGGAGGUCGACACGACCAUGUUGACUCCUUACGAGGUGUUGAAAACAUCUGGCCAUGUGGACAAGUUCUCUGACUGGAUGUGUAGAGACUUGAAGACAGGUGAGAUCUUCAGAGCUGACCAUUUGGUGGAGGAAGUGUUGGAGGCCCGUUUGAAGGGUGACAAGGCUGCACGUGGUCAGAAGGUCGAGGAAGAAGAGGAGGACGAUAAGAAGAAGAGAAAGAGAAAGGUGAAGGAGAUCAAGAACGUCAAGUUGGACGAUGAGCUUGUGGCUGAGUACGAGAGUGUGUUGAACCAGAUUGACGGCUACUCUGGCGAAGAUUUGGGUGCGUUGAUUAAAAAGUACAACAUCAACAACCCAGCUACCGGUGGUCCAUUGGAGCCUCCAGUGGAGUUCAACUUGAUGUUUGAGACAGCCAUUGGACCUUCUGGCCAAUUGAAGGGUUACUUGAGACCUGAAACUGCGCAGGGCCAGUUUUUGAACUUUGCCAAGUUGUUGGAGUUUAACAAUGAAAAGAUGCCAUUUGCUUCUGCUUCCAUUGGUAAGUCUUUCCGUAACGAGAUCUCGCCUCGUGCUGGUUUGUUGAGAGUGAGAGAGUUCUUGAUGGCUGAAAUCGAGCACUUUGUGGAUCCAGAAGAUAAGAGCCACCCACGUUUUGCUGAAAUCAAGGACUUGAAGUUGAAGUUCUUGCCUACAGCUGUCCAAGAAGCUGGUUCGAACGAAUUGGUUGAAAAGACCAUUGGCGAGGCUGUUUCGUCCAAGAUGGUUGAUAACGAAACCUUGGGUUACUUUAUGGCCAGAAUCUACCAGUUUUUGCUUAAAAUCGGUGUGGACCCAAACAGAUGCAGAUUCAGACAACACUUGCUGAACGAAAUGGCCCACUACGCUUCUGACUGUUGGGAUGCUGAAUUAGAGACCUCUUACGGUUGGGUUGAGUGUGUGGGUUGUGCCGACAGAUCAGCGUACGAUUUAUCUGUUCACUCUGCCAGAACCAACGAGAAGCUUGUGGUUAGAAAGCCUUUGGACGAGCCAAGAAAGGUGAACGACUUUGAGGUUGACAUUGACAAGAAGAAGUUUGGUCCUAAGUUUAGAAAAGACGCUGGUCCAGUGACGAAGUUCUUGACUGAGAGAACUCAGUGUGAAUUGGAAGACUUGGCCAAGGAGUUGGCUGACACUGGCAAGAUCGUCACCAAGGUUCCAGGCGUCGAAGGGGAAGUGGAAGUUCCAAGCGAACUCAUCAAGAUUGAAAGAGUCGAGAGAACAGAGCACGUUCGUGAGUUCACGCCAAACGUCAUUGAACCUUCUUUUGGUCUUGGACGUAUCAUCUAUUCCGUUUUCGAGCACAGUUUCUGGGCCAGACCAGAAGACUCGUCCAGAUCCGUCUUGUCGUUGCCUCCAUUGGUUGCCCCAACCAAGGUUUUGGUGGUUCCAUUGUCUUCCCACUCCGACUUGACUCCAUUCGUUUCCAAGAUCACCAACGCCUUGAGAAAAGCACAGCUUCCUUUCAAGGUCGACGACUCCUCGGCCACCAUCGGUAAGAGAUACUCUAGAAACGACGAGUUGGGUACUCCUUUCGGUAUCACCAUCGAUUUCGAUACUGUCAAGGACAACUCUGUCACUUUGAGAGAGAGAGACUCCACCAAGCAGGUGAGAGGCACUCUUGAUGACAUUGUCAACGCCGUCAAGACCAUCACCUACGACGGUGUCUCUUGGACCAAGGGUACUGCCCACCUUACUCCCUUCGAGACCCAGUCUGAAGAGAAAUAA